AUGAAUAGUAUUCUAGGCUUUGUUUCCAGAUCAACAUUCAAAAGAGCACGGAGAGGUCUCUUUGGUACUACAGAGAAACUCUUUGGGAAUAAUGUGAGUCACUCUGAGCGCAAAACACGAAGAGAUUGGAAUCCGAAUGUUCGCCAUGUUCACCUAUAUAGUGAAACAUUAGACAGAAAGAUAGGUUUGAGAGUCACAUCGAAUACCCUGCGUUGUAUUGACAAGGCAGGAGGGUUAGACUAUUAUGUGCUAAAUACAAAGGAUAAAGACCUGAAUAGUGACGUUGCACUACGUUUAAGGGAGGAAAUUCUAGCCAAGCAGAGAGAGUUGAAUGGAAAGCUAAUUUAGUCAUUUACAC